AUGGCCCGUAUCAAACUCGCCAGCAACCCCGAUGCCUCCGCUCGUCGCAACCGUCCUCUGCCCUCCCGGUCUUGUCAUCAACCAACCGUAACGCGUCCAAGACGGUCGCGAAACUCAGUGCCUCGCUACAAUGAAUCCUCUGGGCAAGAGGAUUCCGAAUCUUCCUUGAGCAGCCCACACUCGUCCGACGAGGUAGAGGUCGAGAGUGAGAUUGAACAAGACGAAGGGACACAGUCCAAUUCACGAUCACGACGAACUCGGAAUACGAGGUCAACAGAAGCUGUACCGCGCCGUACUAGUAUUCGCCGUAGCACGCGAAACACUGCUCCCUCCCGGACGUCCCCGAACAAUCCUGCGCCUAGUACUUUGCUUGGUUCAAGAAGGGGCGAGCCAAGUCCGAGGAAUCAACAAACAAGGAAACGAUCACAACCAUCAAAAAACAAAAGAAGGUCUCUCAAAAAGCGCCGGAUUUCUUCCGAAGCUGAGCCAAUACCACAAGGUGUCAUUCCACCCUGGACUAACCCUCAGAUGCCCUACAGUGCCUGGACCGAUGUCUUCUAUUACGCAGCCAUCGCUGGCCAUGAUAGCCUUGACGUCAACUGGCUGAUAACAACUGCCACAGUUUGCAAGGCUUUCUCGGAACCUGCUUUGACAGCCAUAUAUCGUUCGCCACUUCUAACAACGACGGGGAAGACUAAACGAUUUGCAGCCCUGCUUGAACGACCACCUUCUGAAACCCUGUUCAACUAUCGCACCAAAAUUGAGACUCUUUAUGUAGAUGUUCAUGUUGUGCCCCAAAUUUUGCUGCCCAGGAUACUAUGUGUGCUUCCGCGUUUAAAGGAAGUCGUCCUCUUCACACCGUCUGACCAACCACCGUACAGGCAGUUGGAUCGCACAGUAAGAUGGCAAUACACACAAGAAAUAUUUGAUGCCUUGAAACCAACCUCCGAACAGCCCACUCCCAUCAGUGCUGAAGACAAGCAGUUCUAUACCACCCUGAAAAGUUGGGAGUGGAGUGGAAGCCUGCUGGGAGGACCAGUGGCGACUAUGAAUGAUGUUGUCCGCAUACAUCGGGACCCUUCAUUCGCUCAUCUCACCAAACUCAGUUUUACGAACCUCCAGGUCCCAUCCCUCUAUAAGUUAGGGGUGAAGGGUGUCACUGAGGAGCGAGAGCAGGAACUUCAAGCUGAAGAUGGGGCUGUCAUCAAGGCCAUCGCUGAAGCAAUUUCCCAAUUGAAAUCGCUUCAGCACCUGGUUUUUGAGUCGUCGACUAUCAUGAAUGAUCGGUUGCUUCCCCUCUUACCGAAAGGCCUUACACAUCUGUCUUUGAUAAACUGUUGGGAGAUCAAGUCUGAUGAGCUUACGCCGUUCCUACACAGCCAUGGCAGACAGCUACGCAGCCUGAAUCUGCUGCACAACCAGUCAUUAGACCUGGUCUUCUUGACCACUUUGGCUGAUGCUUGCCCUAAACUGGAAGAGUUGUACAUGAACCUUUCCUAUUUCCACCAUCAUGACUCCGUUUCUGUGACUAAUAAUGAUGCCGACCCUUUGUACGACCAAGUUUUACAACCACAUCAAAAACCAGAGUGGCCGUCAAGUCUCCGGGUCAUCGAUUUCGAGCAUAUUCGACAUUGGACCGUCGAAACAGCAGAAAUGUUCCUUGAGUCUUUUCUGGACAGCGCCGGCUCUUUGCCAAAUCUGCGCCAUCUUGCAGUAAAAACGAUGAUCGACAUACCCUGGAAGGCCCGCGCUAACAUGCGCCAUGAAUGGAUACGGAAACUGGACAGAGUCUUCCUUCGCCCUUUUGAACCACCACAAAAGAAUUACUCUCUACGUCCGUCACAAGAAGAGGAGGUGCCCCAAGUGUCGGAAAACAAGAAUAAGCCCAAACGUCUAUCAGAUGGACCAUCUCGACGAAGCAGUCGUCUUGCGGCACAUGUUUCUGAUUCCGAUUCGAGGCACAGCACUAAUUCGAGGGGACUUCGCAGCUCUCAUGGCCGCCCGAAAUAUGCAGAGCCGGAAACCGACGAUGACGAAUUUGAUACCGAUCCGGAGGAAGGGAGUGUGGGCAGUCCUACUUCAAGUGGGCCUGAAGAAGAGGCUGAAGGCUCAGGCUCAGAGGCACAAGCCAAGAAACCGGUGGUUCAAGGACGCUGCACGACUGUCUCCAUCGUCUUUGAUAACCAAAAGCCUACUGAGCUACAAUACGGUAUGGAAGACUUCAUGGACGAUCACCAUGCUGAAUCAGAUGAGGAAUGGGACGGUGAUCAUGAAGAGGAUGAUGCAGUCUUUGUAUGGCGUUAG